CAUUAGUGGUGUUUAGGUUUGAAACGGUAAGAGAAAGCUGAUAAAACUACUCAAGACCACGGGUUUAGAUCAUCUACGUUGGAUAAAAAAAAAAAAAAAAAAACCUAAACGGAGGAAAAGUUAGACCAAGAAGAACAAGCUGAAGAUGGGUGAUCCAAUCCAAUUAAAAGAUGAAGGAAACAAACACUUUCAGGCUGGUGAUAUCGACAAGGCCAUCGAGUGCUACACCAACGCCCUGAAGGAGUGCACAGACAAAAAGAUGCAGGCUGUGAUUUACAGGAACAGAUGUGCAUGCUACCUGAAAAAGGAAAGCUAUUCAAAUGCAGUUUCUGAUGCAUCUAAAGCAAUUGAUGAGGAUGCGUCAGAUAUUAAAGCCUUGUAUCGCCGCUGUCAAGCUCUGGAGAAGCUGGGAAAACUGGACAUGGCUUUCAAAGAUGUGCAGCGAUGCGCCACCCUGGAGCCAAAGAACAAGACCUUCCUAGAGACUCUCCGCAGACUGGGAGCAGAAAUCCAGGCCAAGCUCAAGACAACAUUUUCCACAGAUUCGAGAGUACAGAACAUGUUUGAUAUUCUUCUUGAUGAGGAUAUGGACAAAGAAAAGAAGGAAAAGGCGGCCAACAACUUGAUUGUGCUGUCGAGAGAAGAUGCUGGAGCAGAGAGAAUCUUCCAGAACAACGGGGUGGCUCUGCUGCUCAACAUGGUUGAGACUGGGAAACCAGAAAUGAUCCUGGCUGCAGUCCGAACUCUGUCGGGAAUGUGCACUGGGCACAAAGCUCGGGCCAUGGCCAUUGUCAACAUGAUGGGUAUUGAUAAGAUCUGCAGCAUUAUGGCACUGGACAACGAAGAAAUUGCACUGGCAGCAUGCAACCUCUUCCAAUGCAUCAAUGACUCUCUCACUGGUGGAGACACAAGGGAUUAUGGGAAGGAAGCAUCUUUAGUUUUGGAUGCAUCUAAAGAUUUGAAAACCAUUCUCCUUGCCCUCCUGGAGAUGAUAUCCAAUAAGAAGGUGUCGGGUCAUGGCAGAGACCAGGCACUGAACCUCCUCACCAAAAACGUCCCUUCUAAAGACAAGAAAGGGAGAGACCACUCCAGGACCCUUUUCACCAUUGAUCACGGUCUGAAGAAGAUCCUGAAGGUCUGCGGUCAGGUUCCCGAGCUGCCGGAUCAGCUCCCUCUGACAGAGAACACACAGCUGAUCGCCAGCGUGCUUCUCAACAAACUCUACGAAGACCUGAAGUGUGACCCAGAGAGAGCCAACUUCAAGGAGAUCUGCGAUCAAUACAUCAAAUCUAAAAUUGAUCCCAACAACAUGGAUAAGACUCUCCAUGCCAUCAACACCAUGUCAGGGCUGCUGCAGGGUCCCUUUGAGGUCGGCAACUCUCUGGUGGGACAGCAGGGCGUCAUGGAGAUGAUGGUGGCUCUGUGCAGCUCAGAGCGGGACGUGGACCAGAUGGUCGCCGUCGAGGCGCUGAUCCACGCCUCCACGAAGAUGAGCCGCGCCAGCUUCUUCAUCACCAACGGCGUGUCGCUGCUGAAGGACAUCUACAAGAAGACGAAGAAUGAGAAGAUUAAAAUUCGAGCUCUGGUGGGUCUCUGUAAACUGGGUUCAGCUGGAGGUGACGAUUACGGCUUAAGGCAGUUUGCUGAGGGUUCCACAGAGAAGCUGGCCAAGCAGUGCAGAAAGUGGCUUUGUAAUCCCCAGAUUGAUUCCAAAACAAGGAAGUGGGCUAUUGAGGGUCUUGCCUAUCUGACUAAUGAUGCUGACGUUAAAGAUGACUUUGUGGAAGAUGAGCUUGCAAUGAAAGCCAUGUUUGAGCUGGCAAAGUCUAGGGAUAAGACAAUCUUGUAUGCAGUUGCUUGCACUUUGGUAAACUGCACCAACAGCUACGAUAAGAAGGAAAUCAUUCCUGAGCUGGUUCAGCUGGCCAAGUUCUCUAAGCAGCAUGUCCCUGAGCAACACCCCAAAGACAAGAAAGACUUUAUUGAGAAGAGAGUAAAAAGGCUGCUGAAGGCUGGAGUCAUUUCAGCUCUUGCUGUCAUGGUCAAAGCAGACAGCGCUAUCUUGACUGAUCAGACCAAAGAGAUGUUGGCACGGGUUUUCUUGGCACUGACAGAGGAUUCCAAAGACCGUGGCGCGAUAGUGGCCCAUGGAGGGGGAAAGGCUCUGAUACCUCUUGCCCUUGAAGGAACAGAAAAGGGGAAGGUGAAAGCAAGCUUUGCACUCGCCAAGAUAGCCGCUGUUUCCAACCCGGAGAUUGCUUUCCCUGGAGAAAGGGUAUAUGAGGUGAUACGACCUCUAGUCAGCCUGCUGCAUACAGACAAAGAGGGGGCAGAGAACUAUGAGGCUCUCCGAGGGCUCACCAACAUGGCUGGUUUCAGUGAAAAGCUAAGGGUAAAAAUGGUGAAGGAGAAAGCUUUGCCAGAGAUCGAGAACCACAUGUUUGAAGAGAAUGAAAAGAUCAGACUGGCGGCCGUUGAAUGUAUGUGCAAUCUUGUAACAUGCAAAGAGGUCCAAGCUCGUUACCUUGAGGAUGGCAACGAUAAGCUGAAGCUGCUGGUAUUGCUCUGUGGAGAGGACGAUGAAAAACUUCAGAUAGCUGCAGCCGGAGGUCUGGCCAUGCUCACUGCAGCUGAGAAAAAGCUUUGCACCAAAAUGACUCGUGUGACAGUACAGUGGCUAGAGAUCCUGCAGAGGUUAUGUCUCCAUACCAACCCUAGCGUCCAGCACCGAGGCCUGGUGAUUGUGUACAACAUGCUAAACUCUGACGACUUCGAGUUGGCCAAGAAACUGAUCGAGAGUGAGAUGCUGGAAAUCCUCACUGUGAUUGGAAAAGCAGAGGACAAUCCCAAGAGGCAGGAUCCCAUUGACGUGGCACGCACAUGUCUGGUCAAAGCCAUGGAUCUCGGUCUCGUCAAGCCCUUCACGAGCCCUUCCUAAGCAAAAGAAAAUGGCUCACAACACCAAAGAUUUUUUCCCCCCUAACUUAUUUCCUUUGUUAAAAAGUAACUUUUUGCUUAAAUGUUUUUUUUAAUUGCUCAACAAUCUGCCACUUAAUAUCUACAUGUUUCCCUCAAAUAAAAAACAAUUGUUUUGUUUUUUUAAAAUUAAUUUUUAAUUAGCAAAGAGUGAAAAAAUGUUUUCUAGUGUGCAGCUUCUUUUCUUACACUUGUGUGUACUUGUGAAGUUGGUGAAAUUUUUGUUUUUGCUGAUUUAUAGCUUUGCUUUAUCUUUUUUUAAAACUGUUUGUGUAAUAAGUUUCACAUUUUAUUGAAUAUAUACCAAAUAAACAGCAUUGACAGAAA